UACCGAGAGCGUUGAGGAGUUUCACCUCCUCAUUGAGAACAAUGACUUGCCUGUCAAAAUCUUGGUUGUUCAGGCCGCGUGAAAGUCGUGAACUUGGCCGUGGCUGGCAGGUGCUGCGGGUGCGUGAAAACACCUGGGCUGAACAGCAAGGUGUGCAGCCAGGGGACGAGCUCCAUUAUAUUGAGGGGCAUCCGAUCGAAGUGCUUCCGGAGGCCGAAGUGAUGGAGCUCUUGCAGCAGCGGCCAGUGAGGUUGACUUGGUAUCGGCGUAAGGCAGGUCAUUCUGCGGAGGAGCCGGAAGCAGAAACUGCAGUGCCACUUGCCAAGGUUGAUUCUGAAGUGGAUGAGCUGAAGGCACAGAACCGCGCUUUGGAGGAGCAGCUUUCAAGAUUGUCCAUUGAAUUGGGAAAGGAACAGUUCAACGCAGGCAGCAAAGACCCUCAAGAGAUUUUGCAGUUGCAGGCGCAGCUGUCAGCUGCUGUCUCUCGCGUGGCAGAGUUGGAAGCUGAAGCUGCACAAGAUGAACCUUUGGCACCAGAGGAGCAGCCCAACGGAAGCAAAGACAUGGAAGAGAUUACGCAAUUGCAAGCACAGCUGGCAGCUAGUCGUGCUCGUGUGGCGGAACUGGAAGCGCAGGAGCGUGCGCCCGCAGGGAGCAAAGAGUCGGAGAUUGUGCAGUUGCAGGCUCAGCUGUCAGCCGCUGUCGCUCGCGUGGCAGAGUUGGAAGCUGAAGAUGAACCUUUGGCCCCAGAGGAGCAACCCAACGGAAGCAAAGACAUGGAAGAGAUUACGCAAUUGCAAGCACAGCUGGCAGCUAGUCGUGCUCGUGUGGCGGAACUGGAAGCGCAGGAGCGUGCGCCCACAGAGAGCAAAGAGUCGGAGAUUGUGCAGUUGCAGGCUCAACUGUCAGCUGCUGUCGCUCGCGUGGCUGAGUUGGAAGCUGAAGAUGAACCUUUGGCCCCAGAGGAGCACCUUGCAGCACCAGAUGGAAGCUGGGAAGAGGAGAAAAAGGACUUGGAGCAGCAGCUGGAAGCUCGACGAGGUCACAUUGAUCAAUUGGAGACUGAAGUGGAGCAGUUAAAGCUGCAGACGAAGGAGGAGAAGAAGGACCUGGAGCAGCAGCUAGAAUCUCGACGAGGUCGCAUUGAUCAAUUGGAGACUGAAGUGGAGCAUUUAGAGCUGCAGAUGAAGGAGCAUAAGGCCUCAGAGAGCAAAGAGUCCGAGGAGAUUGUGCAGUUGCAGGCGCAGCUGUCAGCUGCUCACACUCGCGUGGCCGAGUUGGAAGCACAAGCUGCACAAGACCAAUCAUUGGUUGUGGAGGAGCAGCCCAGCGGGAGCAAAGAGUUGGAGGAGAUCCUGCAAUUGCAGGCACAACUGGCAGCUGCUCAUGCUCGUGGGGCAGAACUGGAAGCGCAGGCUGCUCAAGAUCAUGUGGAAGCUGAGGCAGUUGCAGGCGAAGCUGUCAGCUGCUCACACUCGCGUGGCCGAGUUGGAAGCGCAAGCUGCACAAGACCAAUCUUUGGCACCGAAGG